UAAACCCGAUACCAUCAAUAAACCUCUAUAUAAAGUGUACUUUCGUUGAACUUUACACAUCCCGUGUGCGUCCAAACCAUGCUACACCACUUUGUCGUUUUCGUGCUCCUGGUGGCGUGCACCAGCGCCCAACUCCCAACGUUAUACGAGUACUACACCGCCGAUGGUAUUACCUCGGGCCUCUCCGUCGACCAACCCUACUUCACCCUCAAUGGCAAGAACAUCACCAUCCUCAGCGGCGCCAUGCACUACUUCCGCAUCCCUCCGCAGCACUGGAGGGACCGCAUUCGUAAACUCCGAGCCGCAGGUCUGAACACUCUUGAAACUUACGUAUCGUGGAACUUACACGAACCCGAGAAUGGUCGCUUCGACUUCGGGAGCGGUGGUACCGACAUGGAGCAGUUCCUCGACUUACAAACCUACCUCAAGAUCGCCCAAGAAGAAGAUCUGUUUGUGAUUCUGCGUCCGGGUCCCUAUAUUUGCGCCGAGUGGGAAUGGGGAGGUUUCCCUAGCUGGUUGCUCCGCGAAGAAGGCAUUAAAGUGAGAACGUCCGAUCAAACUUACAUGGGGUACGUCACGCGGUACUUCGGUGAACUCCUGCCAUUGCUCACCGAUCUCCAGUUUACUAAAGGUGGCCCGAUUAUCGCGGUUCAGGUUGAAAAUGAGUACGGAUCUGCGCCUACGAAGGACUUGGAGUAUAUUCGGCAGGUGCAUGAUUUGUUGAGGGAUCAAGGGAUUGUGGAGUUGUUGGUUUCGUCGGAUGGGGCGAGCGCUGGGACGUCGGGUACUCUCCCGGAUUUGAUUUUCCAGACCGUGAAUUUCGGGGGGAGUCCGACGUGGAAUUUCGAUACUUUGAAGAACAUGCAGCCGGGUAAACCCAUCAUGGUGAUGGAGUACUGGACUGGGUGGUUUGAUCACUGGUCGGAGUCGCACCAUACCGUAGACAAUGAUACUUUCUACGGGAUUUAUAACGAGAUUUUGGCGUAUCCUGCGUCGGCGAGUAUGUACAUGUUCCACGGUGGUACCAAUUUCGGGUUUCUUAAUGGAGCGAAUAUCGGAGCUGGGGAUAAUUCGGGAUAUCAACCGACGACGACGAGUUACGAUUACGACGCGCCGUUAUCAGAAGCUGGUGACUACACAGGUAAAUACGAGAUAGUGAAGGAAUUGGUCAAAAAAUACAAUCCCGUGGAGACGCUCACUCCAGACCAACCCGAGUUAGUACCGAGGGUUGCGUACCCUUCUGUCACCAUAGAGGGACAACUCAGCUUCGACGAAAUAACCAAACUAGUGCCUGAUAUCGUCACCAGCGACACGCUUCUUUCAAUGGAACAGCUGCCCAUAAACGACGGUUCUGGGCAAAGUUAUGGGUACACGGUUUAUCGACAGUACAGCCUGAACAUCCCAGCUGAUUCCGUGUUGACUAUCACCGGUCACGUUCGUGACACCGUGAUGAUUCUGAUCAACGGUGUUCUGGUCUCAGAUUCGUUAUCAAGCAGCUCUGAUCUUAACAGUUUCGGGUACUACAGACAAGCUAAUUCGAAUAUCACCCUGACGUCAACGGACAUCGAAGAUGCCACUUUAGAUAUAGUUAUAGAGAAUUGGGGCCGCGCUAAUUUUGGAAACUUGUACCAACAGUUCAAAGGUUUGAUAGACAGUAACUCUGUGUAUCUAAAUAACGAGGAACUGACGUCCUCUUGGAGCAUCAUUCCUUUGGAAUUUAAGAAGUCUUGGAAUACGCAGGUGUUCCAGUGGAAUUCUGUUGAUGGAGGUCUGGCAAACGGUCCUGGGUUGUACCGAGGGACUUUUACUCUUGAGGAUGACGCAGUUGAUACCUACAUUGACAUGCAAGAGUGGGAUAAAGGGAUUGUUAUCGUCAAUGGGUUUGUUCUUGGUAGGCACGCCCUGAUUGGUCCACAACAAUCGCUCUACUUACCCGGGCCCUUCCUCCAGCAAGGCGAGAACGAGAUCAUCAUCUUCGAGCAGUUCACACCCGCCGCAGAGAUCAAGUUUUCCGAAAACCCGAUUUUUAAAACAGUCUAACUUUGUUCUUGACGAGUAAAUAAAACAUGAGUCGUAAUAUAA